GGAGGGCACACACCAGCCGGGGCAGGAGGGCACACGCCAGCCCGGGCCAGGAGGGCACACGCCAGCCCGGGCCAGGAGGGCACACGCCAGCCCGGGCCAGGAGGGCACACGCCAGCCCGGGGCAGCAGGGCACACGCCAGCCGGGGCGAGCAGCCCCUCGGGGACAUCAGACCUCUGCAGACAAUGGUCAGGACAGCCCAGGCCACCAGGACAGUAGGUCUGUGAUUCCUCCUGUAAGCAAAGCCAACUCACACAAGGAGUUUACAAUGUCAAGCAACAUUUCUGAAUGUCAUCUCUAUGAAGAAAUGGAACCUUUUACCUAUUUUUACUACUUGAUUUUUCUUACGGGAAUGAUUGGAAGCUGUUUUGCACUGUGGGCAUUCACACAGAAGGACCAGAAACAGAAGUGUAUGAGCAUCUACUUAAUCAACCUGCUCACUGCAGAUUUCCUGCUGACUCUGACACUGCCAGUGAAGAUUAUUGUUGACCUAGGAAUUGCGUCCUGGAGCCUGAGAAUAUUCCACUGCCAAGUCACGGCCUGCUUCAUCUACCUGAACAUGUAUCUAUCAAUCAUAUUUCUGGGAUUCGUGAGCAUGGAUCGCUGCCUCCAGCUGAUGCACAGCUCCAGGAUCUACCGCAUCCAGGAGCCAGGCUUUGCCAAGACCCUGUCUGCAGUGGUGUGGGCCGCGGUUCUGCUGAUAACCGUGCCCAACAUGGCAAUUCCCAUCAAGCACGUCGAGGAGCGACCGGGCCUCGGGUGCAUCGACUUCAAAACAAAAUUUGGGAGAGACUGGCACGUGUUCACCAACUUCGUCUGCACGGCAAUAUUCCUGAACUCCUCGGCGGUGAUUCUGGUCUCCAACUGCCUCCUGGUGAGGCAGCUGUGCCGGCACGGGCGCGGGGAGCGCGGCGGGCGCGUGCGGAAGGCGCUGGCGCACCUGCUGCUGGUGACGGCCGCCUACCUGCUGUGCUUCGUGCCCUACCACGCCGUGCGCAUCCCCUACACGCUGAGCCAGGGCAGCCCCGGUGCCAGCUGCCCCCUCCGCCGGGCGCUCUUCAAGGCCAAGGAGGCCACCCUGCUCUUCGCCGUCUCUAACCUCUGCCUGGACCCCGUGCUCUACUACCACCUGUCCAAAUCCUUCCGGCUGAAAUUCACAGAGACCUUUGCAGCCCCCAGGGAGACAAAGGCGCUCACGGCCGUGGAGACAGCGCAGCAGCCAAGGGCAGCCCUGCCUGUGACACAGCAGCAGAGCCAAGGGCAGAGCUGCAGCCCUGCCUGUGACACAGCAGCAGAGCCAAGGGCAGCCCUGCAGCCCUGCCCGUGACACAGCAGCAGAGCCAAGGGCAGCCCUGCAGCCCUGCCCGUGACACAGCAGCACAGCCAAGGGCAGAGCUGCAGCCCUGCCUGUGACACAGCAGCAGAGCCAAGGGCAGAGCUGCAGCCCUGCCUGUGACACAGCAGCAGAGCCAAGGGCAGAGCUGCAGCCCUGCCUGUGACACAGCAGCAGAGCCAAGGGCAGCCCUGCAGCCCUGCCUGUGACACAGCAGCAGAGCCAAGGGCAGAGCUGCAGCCCUGCCUGUGACACAGCAGCAGAGCCAAGGGCAGAGCUGCAGCCCUGCCCGUGACACAGCAGCAGAGCCAAGGGCAGCCCUGCAGCCCUGCCUGUGACACAGCAGCUCAGCCAAGGGCAGCCCUGCAGCCCUGCCCGUGACACAGCAGCACAGCCAAGGGCAGCCCUGCAGCCCUGCCUGUGACACAGCAGCACAGCCAAGGGCAGCCCUGCAGCCCUGCCCGUGACACAGCAGCACAGCCAAGGGCAGCCCUGCAGCCCUGCCCGUGACACAGCAGCACAGCCAAGGGCAGCCCUGCAGCCCUGCCCGUGACACAGCAGCACAGCAUGCCCACCUGCAGCACCAACAGCUCUGGCUACUGCAGCUGUGGCAGCACUGCUGACAGCACUCCUGACGAGCUGAGAGCCCAGGCACGAAGAAAACACCACCAGGAACACCUCUGGCUGUGUGACCACUCACACUGUGCCCUGAGCACACACAGCCUCCAGGGAUGCCUUCACCAACAGCUCAAAGAACAGUGCUGACCCACCAGGCAUCAGCAACGCGUGAGAAUACACGUUCAGACUCAAAUACACCUUAGAAUUAUUUAUGGCAGACACCUGGACUCCCCUUUAGUAAGUAAAUAUUGUGAAUUUACUAUAUUAAAAGACUUGGUGCUAUCAAGUGAAGAACUUGGUAAACAGCAGUUCUUCAGCUGCAAAGCUGAUUUGACAAGAUUAACCAAAAAGCAUUUCAGAGGGCAUUAUUUACUCCAAAAAGGGAUUUUAAACUGCACUGAUUAAAAAUUAUUGUAUCUGCUUAAACCACACCUGCAGGUUUCAUAAAUAAAUUUCUUCUUGCCAA